AUGGCGGCGCCGAAGGUACCCGUGGUGAACUCGCGGGCGCAUCAGAACAUGACCAUGGAGACGGACGACGCGAACGACGCGCGGAGAAGUCGAGACGUCGUCGUCGACGCCGAGACGCUGGCGCGGGCCGAGGACGCGGCGAGACGAAACGACGAGGCGGUGGCUUGGGGGAUGAACGCGGUCGGGAAGGCGGAUAUAUUUUUGAAAACAAAGAAGGGCAGCGGCGUGACGAAGAAGGGACGAAGGCCGGACGGCGCGCCGACUCCGAGACAGCUGGCGGCGCAGACGUUUCAAAACGAUUCGAAGGCGCGAAAGAAGAUGAAGAGACAGCUGAAACAAGUCAAGUCGGCGCGGUUGAAGGUACCGGCGUGA